GAAAGGAUUAAAAAUGAUAUUCCAAAAAAAAUUUUUUAAAUUGAAUUUUCUCUUUUUAAAUUCAUCCAGAUAACAGAAUGGAAACACCAGAACUUCCUCUAGAACAAUUUGAAAAAUAUUUUCAAAACGUUUAUGAACCAGCUGAAGAUACAUUUCUAUUGUUGGAUGCAUUAGAACAGGAUCUUGAAUCAAUCACGAGAUUAAAGCCAUUAAUUUGUUUGGAAAUUGGUUCUGGAUCUGGAACUGUGAUCACAUCAUUGGCUAAAACACUUGGACCGUAUGAAUGUUUUUAUCUAGCAACCGAUUUGAAUAGCCAGGCUUUAGAAUGUACAAGAAAAUGUUUCCAAUACAAUACUCGGACCGAUAAUUUACAUCCAAUUCGUUGUGAUCUAUCACAAGCUUUAAAUCAUUCGAGACUUUUACCCGAUUUAAUCAUUUUCAAUCCUCCUUACGUGCCAACAGAUGAACAGAUAAAAUCAGAUAUUGAAGCUUCAUGGGCAGGUGGUCAAAAUGGUCGUCUAAUAAUUGAUCGUUUCAUCAAUGAAACCUUAGUGAAUGAUCUAAAUCGACCCAAUGGAAUGGCAUAUUUGGUUGUAAUGGAACAAAAUAGAAUCGAUGAUAUUAUCAAUCACGCCCGAAGAAAAGGUUUUCUUUGCCAAAGAAUAUUGUCACGUAAAUGUGGUAUCGAAAAAUUGUCUAUUCUUAAAUUUCAACAUAAUUGAUGUAUAAAUUUUUUUAAUUUUAAUUAAUUAAAUGAUUAAAUAUCGUCCAAGCAUUUUGUUUCUUCA